AUGGAUUAUAUGGAUUAUGAAGAAGAACCUUCGGUUUGGGAAAAAAUAUCUAAGGAUGAUACAAAGCAGGCGCAAAUGCUAUCAUGGGAAACAAUUGGAAAAACCAAUUUACAACAAAAUAAUAUUUCUCCGUAUCUAUCAGAAUCAAAUAUAUCAACAUACGAAGCCGUUUACCAUGAACAUUUUCAUCAUCAAUUUACAUAUGGUAGUUUAGAUUUUAUUGUUCCGCAUGAGGUUAUGAUACAG